GUCUCAUGGUUGCUCCUGUAACUGGCCCCUUCCCUCCCAGCUAUAAUGCUUUUAGCAGCAGUCAUGGCGGGACUGCGGAUCAAAAUGCCAUAGCUGUGGUCUCACCAGCAGCUGCCUGGACUCCUGAAUCAGCAUUUCUGCAACACUGCAUUAACAAGACUAGCACAUCUCAAGUGUGCACAGAUCUCACGAGAUGCAGACAAACUAAUCCACUGGAAAAGGCAAAAAUCAUCCAGCUUAACCCGGUUGGAGGGGAUAUUCAGGACGGCACUGGAAGCAACUGAUCACCAGGAUUUUGAACCAGCCACAGGCUUUGGCUAGUCUGAGCGGAGGCACUGAUGGCCUUGUAGAGAAAGUUGCAGUGAAUGGUGCUGAGGACCCAAGUGUCCAAGGGAUGUUUUCCGGCAAGGGUGGUGAAUGGAUGCCAAGUUCCCGAAAGCUUGUGAGAAUGUCUCGGCCUGCUAACUUAGCCUCCUUACGAGCCACCUUUCUCUUGCUGUUUUUGUGCUGGGAUGUACUCAGUCGAGCCCUGCCUGUCGGCCCAGAUUACUUGCAGCGUGGCUGGCAGAGGCUUCUGGAGGAGGGGGAGAGCUGUGUGCAAUGUAGAUUAGAAGAAUGUCCCACGCCACGUGGCUGCCUUGCUGGGGUGGUGCUGGAUGCCUGUGACUGCUGUUGGGAGUGUGCCAAUCUGGAGGGCCAGAUCUGUGACUUGGACAAUACCAACCACUUCUAUGGCAAGUGUGGAGAUCACUUAGAGUGCCGCCUUGAUUCCGGGGACCUACGGCGUGGUGAGGUGCCUGAGCCUCAGUGCACUUGCCAAUCUAGCCAGGCUCUCUGUGGCUCCGAUGGCAAGACCUAUGCCCAAAUAUGCAAAUUUCAAGAGGUGCAUAACUCCCACCCAGAGGCUAAUCUCACUGUGGCCCAUGAAGGACCCUGUGAAUCAGAGCCCCACAUCAUAUCGCCUCCCUAUGACAUCUGGAACAUCACUGGGCAAGAUGUGAUCUUUGGCUGUGAGGUCUUUGCAUACCCCAUGGCAUCUAUUGAAUGGAGAAAGGAGGGGUUGGACAUGCUGCUUCCUGGAGAUGACCCCCACAUCUCGGUUCAGUUUAGGGGAGGCCCUCAGAAAUAUGAGGUGACCAGCUGGCUGCAGAUUCAAGCUGUGCGGGUAACUGAUGAGGGGACUUACCGCUGCUUUGCGAGGAACAACAUUGGGCAGGUGGCAGCUCCAGCCAGCCUCAUGGUCCUCACUCCUGAUCAGCUGAACAUGACUGAAUUGGCCCUGCCCAAGAUGUCCAGACUAGGGCCAGACGAUGACAUGGAGAGUGACGAUGACUCAUAUGACUAUUACUGAUGGCACAUGCAUGAGGGAGCUGUCAAAGUGAAGAGAAAUGUACAUCUAUUCCAUUUUGAACAUUUGCCUCUACUGCAGACCUCUGAGAUAGCCAGUACUGAAUCUUUGUGUUGAAAAUCUUCUAUGGACAGUUUGGAUAUCAGUUAAUUUUGGGUGGGGAAGAUUUAUGUAUUUAAUCAUUUGACCCCUUCUUUUGUUAGAUGAAGGGGACAACAAGCAAGUGGAGAGAAGGGUUUUGUUUUGUUUUUAGCUGAUCCUAGAGCAAAUGGGCAUUAAAUGGUACUUUGAUCACC